UGAUUCAUAAACUAUUUAUUUUGGUCUCUUCUACAAUAAUGAUGGCAUCCACAUUCAUUAUUGGCGGCUGUAUUGGACCAAAAUCUGUAUUAGAGCGUUAUCUCACUCCAGAACAAAAAUCAGAAGUCCGCAAAUACGUUUACAGUGCUUUCGAUGGGACUAACUCAGACCAGGUUCUAGCAAAUGUGAACACUUACGUCCAUAGUGUGCUUCGGCCAGAACAAUGGGAUAGCAUUCUACCAGAACUGAAGAUGUACCAAGCUCAAAAGCGAGAAUGUUCAGUGUAUGCUCAACUUUUGCCAACGUUGAUGUACAAGCAGCUUGUGAACUCCGUUUUCAAAGCAGCAGAGCUCGGCGCUAGCGACCAAGAUUUGAAGCGAUUAGUUGAGGACUACGUGGACCGUGCUAUGCGAUCCGGACUCGUUCCGCAAAGAAAAAAUUCUGUGUCACCCCCAGAUACGUCUAUGGUCCGUUCUAAGCCAAAAGUUCGUCACUUCCCCCAACGUAUAAUCUACGAACGACAGCGACCAUCGCAUCCUUAUGUGCCUUCUUCUCUUUGGCAAAAUUCCCAUAAUAGGAUAGACUCCCUAAAAACGACUUCAUAG